AUGGCUCCCUUCAUGAUCUCCCAAUGCAGCGUCCCCGAUGGCGCUGCCUUGGCUGCCAACAAUGUUCCCGCUUUCUGGGCUGACCCGCACUGGGUCCUGGCCUGGCGCCAUCGGACCCUCGAGUACCAUAUUUCGCAGGUAGCCCUGCUUUUUCCGCGUAACAUGCUGAAUGAACGGGAGUCCUUUCGACACCAGAAAGCAGUGAAUCUAGAGACGGGUCGUAUACUUGGCUAUGCCCGAUGGUCCCUAUAUGUACCAUCGUGUCAUGAGAUAAACCCAGAUAAUGGUACACCGAUAUGGCCUGAGGCCCAAGUCCCUGCGUUUGAGCCUGAGAAGGAGGCUGAGAUCCGGUGGAUUGCUGAGACUGCUAUUUGGGAUCCUAACGAAGAUGCCGACGAGCUAGGGAAUCGCGUAACCGCGCUUAGGACAGAAGUGACGCCAAAGACACCGCAUAUAAGUCUAAAAUACCUUGCUGUGCAUCCAGACAACCAGCGUAAAGGAGUCGGGACGGCAUUGGUGAAGAGUGGGACGGACCAGGCGGAUAAGAUGGGUUUAGACAUAAUUGGUGUUAGUGGAGAGUAUGGCGCAGAUUUCUUUAUCUAUGAGGCUGGAUCAAGGACUGUUUCUACAUGUACAUAA